AUGACGGAUUCAUCACGCCCAAGUACUGCGGGCGAAAAGACCACAAACAACCAUGACUCCCCCGACGACAGAGACUCAGCCGAAGAUCUCAAAAAGCACACCGUGGUCGAUGCCAAUCACACAGACAAGGCCAAGGAAAAGGAAAAGGAGCUCACUCCCGUUUCCUUUGGUCAGCUCUUCAGGUACUCCACCAAGUUUGAAUUACUCCUCGAUGCUAUCGGUCUCGUCGCUGCAGCAGCAGCAGGUGCAGCCCAGCCAUUAAUGUCUUUGCUCUUCGGUGAACUCGUAAAGGCCUUUGUAGAUUUCCAGUCCACCUUGGAGGCAAUAAAUACUGGCUCUCAACCGUCUAGCGCCCUCUCCCCUGUCGCUUCAAACUUCCGCCAUGAUGCUGCAAUGCUCGCCAUGUGGCUCGUGGUUAUCGGUUGCGGAAUGUUCCUCGCUACAUAUAUCUACAUGUACACUUGGUCCUACACAGGCGAGAUCAACGCAAAGCGCGUUCGAGAACGGUACCUGCAAGCCGUUCUGCGUCAGGACAUCGCCUUUUUCGAUAACGUCGGCGCCGGUGAAGUCACUACCCGUAUUCAGACCGAUACCCAUCUCGUUCAACAAGGUAUCUCCGAGAAGGUCGCGCUCGUUGUGAACUUCCUUGCUGCCUUCGUCACCGGUUUCAUUCUGGCCUAUAUUCGCAACUGGCGUCUAGCUCUCGCCAUGUCUUCAAUUCUUCCCUGUAUCGCUAUUGCAGGAGGUAUCAUGAACAAGUUCGUUUCAAAGUACAUGCAGGACUCUUUGAAGCACGUCGCUGAUGGUGGCAGCUUGGCAGAAGAAGUUAUUUCCACUAUUCGUACUGCGCAAGCUUUCGGAAAUCAAAAGGUCCUCAGCGCCAUAUAUGAUAAGCACAUCUCGUUCGCAAACCUUGUUGAUGUCAAGGCCGCCGUUGUUCACGGUGUUGGCCUUUCGGUCUUCUUUUUCGUCAUUUAUGCCUCCUAUGCGCUGGCCUUUUCCUUUGGUAUGACCCUGGUCCUAUCAGGUCACGCGGACAUUGGCCAAGUUAUUAACGUCUUCAUGGCGAUCUUGAUUGGUUCAUUUUCCUUGGCCAUGCUGGCACCCGAAAUGCAAGCCAUUACACAUGGUCGAGGUGCCGCUGCCAAGUUGUACGCCACCAUCGACCGAAUUCCCGACAUCGACUCUGCCAAUCCGGAUGGCCUCAAACCUUCCUCGGUCUCUGGAGAAAUUUCUCUUGAACAUAUCAAAUUUGCAUAUCCCUCUCGUCCAGAUGUCACCGUUGUAAAAGACCUCUCACUUACUUUCCGUGCCGGAAAGACCGCCGCUCUCGUCGGAGCUUCGGGAUCAGGCAAAAGCACGGUCAUCGCAUUGGUAGAGAGGUUUUACGAUCCUCUGGAGGGUGCCGUGAAGCUCGACGGAAACGACCUCAAAUCCCUCAACAUUAAGUGGUUGAGGAGCCAGAUUGGUCUGGUCAGUCAGGAACCCACCCUUUUUGCCACUACCAUUCGGGACAACGUCGCCCAUGGACUGAUCAACACACCACACGAAUAUGCGAGUCCAGAGGAGAAGUUCAAGUUGAUCAAGGAAGCUUGCGUCAAGGCGAAUGCCGACUCCUUCAUUUCCAAACUUCCAGAAGGUUACGAUACUAUGGUCGGCGAGAGAGGGUUCUUGUUGAGUGGUGGACAGAAGCAGAGAAUUGCGAUCGCCAGGGCUAUUGUAUCAGAUCCGAAGAUUUUACUGUUGGACGAGGCCACAUCUGCACUUGAUACGCAAAGCGAAGGAAUUGUACAGGACGCUUUGGAUAAAGCGGCGGCUGGACGUACCACGAUCACCAUUGCCCACCGAUUGUCUACUAUCAAGGAUGCGGAUGUCAUCUACGUCAUGGGCGACGGUCUCGUCUUGGAACAAGGAACACACAAUGAACUCCUGAGUGACGAAAACGGAUCCUACGCGAAACUCGUGGCGUCUCAGAAGCUCCGGGAGGCUACCGAGAAUGUCGAGGUUGCUGGCAACGAAACUCCGAUCGAGGGCAUCAAGAAGGAAACCGAUCUUGAACAGUUUGCGAAGGAGGAGGUGCCGCUCGGAAGAAAGAACACGAACCGAUCUUUGGCCAGUGAGAUUUUGGAGAGAAAAAAGAAUGAGAAUGCAGGAGAACACCAGGAGCAUUAUAACUUCUUUUAUCUGUUCAAGAGAAUGGGCAUCAUCAACAAGACGGAGUGGAAGAGAUAUGUGUACGGCACGAUUGCGGCGAUUCUCACUGGAUUAGUAUUCCCGGCGUUUGGUAUCGUUUAUGGCAAGGCCAUCAACACAUUUGCGUCCCAAGACCGUCAAGUCUUGCGUCAUGAGGGAGACCGCAAUGCCCUUUGGUUCUUCAUCAUUGCGAUUGUGUCGACGGUUAUGAUUGGCAUACAGAAUUAUAUGUUUGCGGCAGCCGCUGCAACAUUGAGUUCAAAACUUCGCUCUUUAAGCUUCAAGGCGAUUUUGAGACAGGAUAUUGUGUUUUUCGAUCAGGACGAUCACUCUACCGGUGGUCUGACCACAGACCUUAGUGACCAUCCCCAGAAAGUGAACGGGUUAGCGGGUAUCACGCUUGGAGCUAUUGUUCAAUCUCUCUCCACCCUUAUCGUUGGCAUUAUCGUCGGUAUCAUCUUCGCCUGGAAAAUCGGUCUUGUCGGACUCGCAUGUACCCCUUUCCUCGUCUGCACGGGUUACAUCCGUCUACGUGUCGUCGUCCUCAAAGAUCAAGCAAACAAGAAAGCGCACGCGAGUUCUGCCCAGUUGGCCUGUGAAGCUGCAGGAUCCAUUCGUACCGUUGCUUCGUUAACUCGUGAAGAGGAUUGCUUGAGAAUGUAUUCCACCUCUUUGGAAGAGCCAUUGAAGACAAGUAACAGGAGCGCAUUGUGGAGUAACGCUCUUUAUGCCCUGUCACAGGCGACGGUAUUCUUUGUCAUUGGAUUGGUGUUUUGGUAUGGAUCGAGGCUCGUUUCAACACUCGAGUACAGUACUUUCAGCUUCUUCGUCAGUCUCAUGAGUACCACCUUUGGUGCCAUCCAAGCCGGAAACGUAUUUGCUUUCGUCCCAGACGUUUCUUCUGCCAAAGGUUCCGGCACUGCAAUCCUUAAGCUGCUCGAUUCCAUGCCUGAAAUCGACGCCGAAUCUACCGAAGGCAAACCCGUUGAUCCUACGAAGAGUCAGGGAAGGAUUCGCUUUGAGAAUGUUCACUUCCGGUACCCGACUCGACCUGGUGUCCGUGUCCUGCGUGAUCUUUCGCUUCAAGUCGAACCCGGCACCUACAUCGCGCUUGUUGGACAGAGUGGAUGUGGGAAGAGUACUGUUAUCCAGAUGAUUGAGAGGUUUUACGAUCCGUUGGCUGGAAAUAUCUAUCUGGACGACCAACCGAUAAACGAACUGAAUGUGACGGACUAUCGAAAGGCUAUUGCUCUCGUGUCACAGGAGCCUACCUUGUACGCUGGUACCAUUCGGUUCAAUAUCCUUCUUGGUGCCAUCAAACCGGAGAACGAAGUCACUCAGGAAGAGCUCGAAGCAGCUUGUAGAGACGCCAACAUUCUCGAAUUCAUCCAAGGAUUGCCCAAUGGUUUCGACACUGAAGUCGGUGGGAAAGGAUCUCAACUGUCUGGCGGUCAAAAGCAACGUAUUGCUAUCGCUCGUGCACUUCUUCGAAACCCCAAAGUUCUCUUACUCGACGAAGCAACAUCGGCUUUGGAUUCUAACUCUGAAAAGGUCGUCCAGGCAGCGCUUGAUCAGGCGGCGAAAGGGCGGACGACAAUCGCCAUUGCUCAUCGGUUAUCGACUAUUCAAAACGCAGAUAGAAUUUAUUUCAUAAAAGAAGGACGUGUCAGUGAAGCCGGAACACACGAUCAGCUAUUAAACAGACGAGGAGACUAUUACGAAUUCGUUCAAUUACAAGCUUUGAGCAAGAAGUAG